UUGAUGUAAUUAUUUUAUCUCUGGUGAUGUGGAGUUAAAGGUCUAGCCUAGCGCACUCCGUAAAUUAACUUCCUUGAUCCUUGAUCGUCCUUUUGAGCUGACAUGGGUCCAGUACGAAGACGUUGCCGUUCCAGGUCAAGAUUCUACCAGAGGAGACCAAAUGCCUCCGACAACCAUUUUCAAUGACCAAAAUUUCUGGCGCCAUUUUAAGAACAAAGUGCAGUCUAUGUCUUGGAAAUGCAACUUCCCGACCGACAUACUACUGGAAAGCAUAGACAAAGACGCCAUUCUUUACACAGAUGCCACCAUUUUCAAACACAGAAGACAAAUUGCCCAACAGUGGGUACAGAAUGAAACUCUUUGGGUAGAAACGGUCCUCGGCGUUUGCAAAGAAAUAGCAGAUCAAAGAGAUGGUGUCUACAGUCAGCAACUCAGAAAUCUCAAAAUGCUGGAUGCUCUCGAAGAUUUCGUGGAGCAUAUCAAUUGCUUUUACUCUGUGGCAUCGGUGAUGACUUCGAAAGGACAGCCCGUGAAAGCUCUCAGCCAGUUUUCUUCUGAGCUUCACGAUAUCGACAAAAUCGACCCAGUUAUGCUGGUGGGCUAUUCGGAAAGAUUCGAAGAUAACGUCAACACGAGGCUCUGGAACUUGUGCGUCAGCAGACAUACCAGCAUCAAUCCUCAUCAUCAGACCCAUUGCAUGUGGCACGACUGUUGCAACGAUUAUAAUUUAUGCAGUUUUUGCGAAGACACAAAGGAGAAAGCUUUAAGAGAAAUGGUCUGCGACAAAGUCUCAAGACACGUCCAGAAAGAUCUUAACGGCGCUUUCAGCAGGGAAAUGUGGAAUGUUGACAUGGCAUUCUUCAAAGGGUUGCCUUACAACUGGUUACACAAAGCCAGCAUUAUGUUAGAGGACAUGAUAUAAAAUAUAAUCGAAUGGUACAGAUCUUAUCUGAAAGGGAAAGGUCUUCCCAUAAAGCAAUGGAAAAGGAGUGGAAAAAUUUCCUUUACAGGAUUUUGAAGAAGAUAAUAUCUCUAAAUUAUUCAUUUAAAUUAUAUCUAAUCCAUCUGUCGAAAGCCUAUUUUCCACCAAAUACCAUAUUUAUGUGCAGAUAUUCCUCUUAUAACAAGGUUUCGCUCUGUUAUAUAAGAGAGAUAUAUAUUAUAACUGUAUAAUACUAUAAUGUUAUAACAUUAAAAACAUUUUGUCAUUCCUAGGCGCAACUAUUGCGAAGUUAUACUUUAGUCCCAAGCUUUGUCUGAAAGUAAGAAAACAACUCAAAGGAAAAUUUAUUUCUUGUUUGGAAAUGAAAAUACAGAUUUUUAAUUGUUUGUUAAAAGGAGAAAAUAUAUAUAUAUAUAUCUUAAUAAGGGGACAAUUACUCG